AUGUCCUGCAACAUCCUAGUAACAGCCGCAGAAGAUUGUCCUCCAACAUGCACUCCCUCCCCCCUCCCCUCUCCCGAAAUCCGCCUCUUCUGCCACACUCUCUCAAAUUUCAUCCAAUAUCCUCCUCAAACCGGCGACAAUGGCAUUGGUGGCGGUCAAGGAGCUUUCGCCGGGACAGCAUCACUUACCCCAGCUACGGCUGCUGACCUGCCAACGCAAUCCGCUGGUGCUGGGGGGUUCAUCAUCACGCAGACAAGUGUGAGGAUCGUGACUCUUUCAUCAUCCCCAUCAACCGUGUCAGCGGACGGGAGUACCACGGGGAAAGUAUCGAUGACUUCCUUUUCUUCCCCUUCCUCGACGAAGACGGCGACUUUUCUACCUUUCGGCACUCCCAAAGCAACAUUCACAACACCAACAUCAAAUUCCCCCACAGCAAUGCCCGCAUCACCAACAACAGCCGGUGCGGCAAGUGCAGCAACUCCUUCACCCCGCCACAAAACCUUCAUCCAAACGACCGCAGGUUGGGUGACGAUUUUCCUCGUCGCCAUGUUUCUCCUCCUGGCAGCCAUUCUAGGAAUCUGGCUCUGGAUGCGGAGGAAGAAACAUCGAAAAGUGAAGCAGCAAGGACUUGAAGGUGUGAGGGGUGACGAUGCUGAUGAGGCGGCUUUGAGGAGAGAUGUAGGGGAUUGGGAGGGUGUUGCUGGGAAUGGGAAUCAUGAGGGGAAUGCCGCCAAUCCUCCUCCUCCUGUUCCGGUGACGAUUGCGGGACCUGAGUAUCGUGCUUCUCCGCCUAGGAUUAAGAAGAUCUCUGGUGGUGGUGGUGGUAGUCAACGAAGACCAAAUACUACCACCACUACUACUCCUACUCCCACGGCAGCUACAAAACACUUAACAGCUCCUCCUCCCCCACCCAACCAACCCUCCACCUCCACAUCCCGCCAAACCGGCAUCUUCAACAGCACCCAACGUCCCAACCCCGCCGCAAGCAUCCUAGAAUGKGAAUCCACCCACGCCACCUCCGGCCUCCCUUCCACCACCUUCGAAGAAGACGACGUCGAAGCUGCAGCCGACCGCCUCGCAAACGCCGCUCGAGCCCAUCGUCUAAAACUCGAAGCAGAUGCCACUCAAGCUACGCAAGAAGUCAAAGAUAGUUGGGAUUUCCGUAAGAAUAUCACUACGGGACCGCCGAGACCGCCUUUUAAGGUUAGUUUGGGGAUUGGACCGCGGGCUUUACGUCGUGAAGUUGUCGAGGAGGAGGGCAAAGACGGAGACAAUGAUAAGCAUGAUGAGGAUCGGGGGAAAGGUAAAAGCAAAGAAAAGGCCCGAGAAGUUUCCUCGACAAUGCAAUUCUCAACCCAAGAACAAAGGGAUAGAGAAACGAGUAUCCUCGCCAUGAUGGAUCUCACCGCUCCGAGAUUCAAAGGCCAGGACUUCGAUCCGAGGUCUUCUCCUUCCUCUGCUCAAGGUCCUUCAGCAACGCCACCACCACCACCACCAAUACCUAUGAGAUCUAUUCAUCGACCUAUUUCCCCCACUUCCACUUCCCCGAUCUCUCCUUCCCCCAUCUCCAUCCCCCUCAAGCCCGAUGGUGAUGGAAAUGGAGAUGAGGAAGAACUCUCCCGCCGAAAAGCCUGGAUGGCAGAAAACCGCGCCGCUCGCGCUCGCGCACGGGCACGCGCUGCCACCGCCACUGCCACCGCCGCCGCAUCCUCCUCCCCCUCAGCAGAUCCAUCUCCAGACUCUCCAUCCCCCCCAAAGGCCGCAGUACCAAUAAGAAGAAAUUCCCUCGGACACCGAAUGGCGAAUCCCAUCCCCGAUAUGGAAACUCUGCAGGAUUUACGGGUGGAAUGGGGACCUGCGGGGCCCGUGGUGGUGGGGAAUCCGUUGAAGGGGUUGCCGGUGGAUUUGGGGAGUUUGGGGAGGAGGGCUGUUAGGAUUGAUACUGGGAGGUGGGAGAGGGAGUUUUGGGAGAGGGAGGCUAGGGAAGGGAGGGAGAAGGAUGGGGGUUUGGAGAGGGAUGGGAUGAAGGGGGAUGAGGGGAAGAUGGAUGGAGAGAAGGAUGGGAGUGGAGAGAUGGAUGGGAGGGAGGGAAAGGAUGGGAGUGGAGAUCAGGAUGGGAAGGGCAAGGGAAAGGGAAAGGGUAAGCCGCGGAAGUAG